AUGAGGUUUCGUAAAGUUGAUGUGCCAUACAUGACACCUGAAUGGAAAAGGGCUAUCAAAAUUAAAAGGAAAUUUGCCAAGCAAUAUGCUCAAAGCAGAACAGAGGAAAACUGGGAGCUCAAGAGAAUAUGGAGAAAUAAAGCCACUAGCUACAGACGGAAAGCUAUCAAAGAAUAUUGGAAACAAAAGGCAGAUGACCUCAAAGCUAAACCAAGCGAGUUCUAUAAAACCUUCAGGCCAUUUCUUAGCGAUAAGAAGCAGCCUAUAAGCGAGAUCCACAUUGAAGAAAACGGGAGAAUUGAGAAGGGCCAAGAAAAAGUAGCAAAUGUUCUGGCAAACUACUUUUCUACGAUGGCCAAUGAUAUAGGUGGAGCAGGUGUCAAUUGCUUAACUAAGGACGAUUUGUCGAGUCAUCCAAGCCUCACUAACAUCUGCAAUACAAAUAAGAGCAACCUCAAGAACUUCUGCUUUCAACCACUCAGUAGAAAUUCAGUUAAGUUAGCCCUUGAGAAACUAAACGUCAGAAAGGCCUGUGGUUAUGACUCCAUGUCUCCUAGAAUGUUAAGGCUAGCAUCAAGUGGCAUAGCAGAUUCCAUAACAAAUAUUUUUAAUGAGUGUGUAAGGAAAGGUGAAUGGCCUGAAGCAUGGAAGAAAGGAGAGUGGAAUCCAGUCCACAAGAAGGAUGACCGGCUAGAUGAAAGAAACUAUCGUCCAAUAACAUUGCUAAGUACAGUAGAUAAGGUUUUCGAGUCCAUGAUGAGCAUACAAGUGAAUAAUCAUAUUGAUUCCAAGCUCGAUCCCUGCAUAUCGGCAUACACAAAAAAAAACACAGUUGUGAAACUGCUUUGCUAA